AUGCCCCCAGCAGUGGUGUUUUCACUCUUUUCUGUCCGCCUGUCUGCACUAAUGCUGGUGCAUCGGCACUGCACGCGUGGAGCCAGCGGGGAGACGGGGCCAAGCAUGGCGGCUGCCGGACCGCACCCCGUGAGACCUCUACACCGAAAUCGGCGCCAGCUCAGAUCGACGGGCCUAGCUGAGGCGAUUGAUGCGCUGGUCCAGAUGCCAGUUGCGGUAAGACAAGGCCAGGCUGUAGCGGCUGUCUUGUGCGCUCAACUCCUGCUCGCAGCUCCGACGUGCAGCGGACCGUGGGCCGCGUGCGACGCCGACGGUUCGUGGAACCGAGGAGCAGCCAUCGGGAAUCUUCGAUGGUGGUUCCCAGGGACGAGAGAAUCACGCCAGGCCAGCGUUGGGCCUGACUGUCGUCUCCAUUCUUGUAAAGACAGCCCUCUGAGCCUGGACCACCCAAACAGGCUGUGGUCGUCUGAGAAUAACGUCAUGGACCAGAACCGCCUUCUCCACCCAGACAGUUCCCACUCACGCUGUUUAAAAAUGCCAUGA